UUGCCGUUGUGCUAGCAGAGUAAUUCAUUGUUCAUUCCGAUGGCAAACAGAACCGUUAAAGAUGCGAAUAGCAUCCACGGUACCAACCCGCAGUAUCUGGUGGAGAAAAUCAUCCGGACUCGAAUCUACGAGUCUAAAUACUGGAAGGAGGAAUGUUUCGGUCUCACGGCUGAGCUGGUGGUGGACAAAGCCAUGGAGCUGAAGUAUGUCGGUGGAGUGUUUGGGGGAAACAUAAAGCCCACUCCUUUCCUCUGCCUCACGCUGAAGAUGCUGCAGAUUCAACCGGAAAAAGACAUCAUUGUGGAGUUCAUCAAAAAUGAGGAUUUCAAAUAUGUUCGUUUACUUGGAGCGAUGUACAUGAGGUUAACUGGCACUGCAGUGGAUUGCUACAAAUACCUGGAGCCGCUGUACAACGAUUACAGAAGAGUCAAGAGUCAGAACCGAAAUGGAGAGUUUGAGCUGAUGCACGUGGACGAGUUCAUUGACAACCUUCUUCAUGAAGAGAGGAUGUGUGACAUCAUUCUGCCUCGACUUCAGAAAAGACACGUCCUCGAGGAGGCUGAGAUGUUAGAUCCACGUAUUAGCGCUCUGGAGGAAGAUCUGGAUGAGAUGGAGAGCAGUGAAGAAGAAGAUGAGGAAGAAGAUAAGCCAGAGAGACUGCAGACCCCUGAGCCUCACAGAAGGCGUGACGGUUACCGCGACAACGACAGGCCUCGUCGCUCCCCAUCGCCUCGUUACAGACGCAGUCGCUCACCCAGGCGGAGGAGCCGAUCUCCAAAGAGGCGAAGCCCGUCGCCCCGGAGAGAGCGCCAUCGCAGCAAGGCUGCUCUGAACGACAUGCUGCCUGCGCUGGACUUCAUCCGGAUCGCCUCAGAGCGAAGAUUUGUCUUCUCGGUGUCACGCUUCUGGGAGUUGAGUGUGACUCCCACCUCGUCGGGGCUUUUUGAUGGUGACGCGGGGUUUCAGGACAGUGCUAGCCUGGUUACACCACAGUCACUGCAGACCCUAGCAGCGGUGUAA